AUGUCCAUGCUGUCCACAGGUUGCUAUGACUGCUGUAUGCGCUGUUUGGGUGGAGUGCCGUACUGCUCCCUGGUUGCCACACUGCUGUGUUUCUCUGGCAUUGCCCUCUUCUGCGGUUGUGGGCACCAGGCACUCACAGAGACAGAGAGACUCAUUGAGACUUACUUUGCUCGUAACCUUCAGGACUACAUCACCCUUGCCUACAUCAUUCAAUAUUUCCAGUAUGUCAUCUAUGGUUUGGCCUCCUUUUUCUUCCUCUACUGCAUUGUGCUGUUGGCAGAGGGAUUCUACACCACCAGCGCUGCCAAGCAAACCUUCGGAGAGUUCAGGAGCACCAUGUGUGGCCGCUGCCUCAGCUCCUCGUUUAUAGUGAUGACAUAUGUACUUGCUGUGCUGUGGCUGUUGGUGUUUGCCUUCUCCGCCCUGCCUGUGUACUUCUUCUACAACAUGGACGCCACCUGCCACACUAUUGACGUUCUGACUGAGACUCCAGCGAGUAUCAACCAGCUCUGUGUCGAUGCCAGGCAAUAUGGUCUCCUGCCAUGGAAUGCAGUGCCAGGAAAAGCCUGUGGCAUGACCCUGUCCACUGUUUGCAGGACCAGAGAGUACCAAAUGACCUAUAACCUCUACAUCGCUGCCUUCAUCGGAGCGGGCAUCAACCUCUUGGCUCUGCUCACCUAUACUGUGUCGACCACCUAUAACUUUGCCGUUCUGCGGUAUCUGGGGAGAAAGGGAAUAAGUGCACGGUGUUAGGCUCACCCACUUCCUGUCUGCUUUGUCACCACCAGCAAGGGGCUGUAAAGGGAAGACAACCAUUCUCUUCUUCCAAAUCAUCUGCACAGAACCACCAUGAAUUUAUGAAAAUCUUGUCUUUUAUAUUUUUACUUUCCUAGGGAAACAUGUUUUUUAUAUAUAUAUAUACAAUAUAUACAUUUUCCUUUUUUGUGAUGUGUUUUUUUUUCACCAAAUAUUUGUAAAUCGAAGCUCUUGCUGAGGUUAGUGUCUCAUAUUAAUUUCAGCUUCCCAUCGCAUUAAAGUUGUGUCACUCCUCUAACUAAUUAAUAUUUGCAAGAAAUAACACACGGCCAACUGGCAAUACAUGUGCAGCUUCCAUGCAGCUGUUAAUGGAGAAUAGGGAUUAAAGGGUUGCUGUGGCUACCUUCCCUCACAUCUGGUUGCCAUGGUGGCAGACAAGUGUGCAUUUGCAGUCUCAUGCUGACCUCGAGACUUUUCUCACGGGCUGGAGAGACGCCUCAACAAUGGAGUCAUGCUUGUGUUGAAAGCUAGCCAAUAAGGAUCCAGCUCCGGGGGCCACCUGCACCACGGGUCUCUGCCAAGGGUUGUAUUGCAUGUCAAAGGAGAGGGUGCUCUGGACAAAGAGAGGUUAGACCUCUCUGCAACCACAAUGCAGAUCUUCUGGGGACCACAACCACACACAACCACACACAACACAUCCACAUGCUGCUGCAUGACCACGACCCCCCAUAGAUAAAGGAAAUGAUGGAUUCAUAGUAAGGGGACUGAGGGAAUUCCAGGUUGUCUUGAAUAGUUUCUUUCUAACAAAGGGACAUAUUUGUUAAAUUCUGAUCUAGAACGGUCUAAAAUUGUUUCUCAUAAUUUCUGAGAUGUCAAACGCACUAGGUGCUAACUUGGAGUGACCUCUUAUUCGAUGCAUUGUUGAGGUGUGUGACUCCUUGGAUCUGUAUUUUCACAGAGACGGGACAGCAUUGUUUUGUCUCUCGUACUUUAUUUAGGUUUGAGUUGUAGUUAUUGUAUAACAGUUAUGUUUACUCACUGUAGAUGAAUUUAAAAUGCUUUUACAUUACUUAUGACUAACAAAAGCCUUUGUAACAUAAUCAGUAGUUUAUUCUAUUUGGUUGAAGCUUUAUCCAGCUGUGAAUGGUAGGUUUAAGUGCCAGUUGGUUGUUUGAUGGCGUUUUUUUGUGUGUGUGUGUAUGUGUUUGUAUAAUUUUUUUUUUCUAAUAAAACAGAAUAUUCUUUAAA